AGCCACUCGGAGAUCUCCUGGGGAGGGCACGGAGCUGCCAGCCCUGGGCAGGGGCGGAGGAACAGAAAAUAAAGUGCAAAAAAGGGAAGGUGGCACAGCCAGAACACCAGAGAAAGGCACGGGACAGCCAGAAGACAAACAAAGGACUUGGGCAGGGUUUUUCUUCUUUUCCUUCUGUUUUUAACCCUGCUUUCCAAAGGAAAAUGGGACAGCAGUUCACCAACGCUGAAGGGGAGCAAGGGGAGAUUGAUGUUGCAGAGCUGCAGGAAUGGUAUAAGAAAUUUGUGGUGGAAUGUCCCAGUGGGACCCUCUUCAUGCACGAGUUCAAGCGGUUCUUCGGGGUCCAGGACAACCAGGAGGCAGCAGAGUAUGUGGAGAACAUGUUCAGGGCUUUUGACAAGAAUGGGGACAACACCAUUGAUUUCCUGGAGUAUGUGGCUGCCUUGAACCUGGUUUUGAGGGGGAAGCUGGAGCACAAGCUGAGGUGGACGUUCAAGGUGUACGACAAGGAUGGCAACGGCUGCAUAGACAAACCCGAGCUGCUGGAAAUCGUGGAGUCUAUCUACAGGCUGAAGAAGGUGUGCUGGUCGGAGGUGGAGGACAGGACCCCGCUGCUGACACCAGAGGAGGUGGUGGACAGGAUAUUUCAGCUGGUGGAUGAGAACGGGGAUGGGCAGCUGUCCCUCGAUGAGUUCAUCGACGGAGCCAGGAAGGACAAGUGGGUGAUGAAGAUGUUGCAAAUGGACGUGAACCCCGGGGGAUGGAUCAUUGAGCAGAGGAGAAAGAGUGCUUUGUUCUGAGAGAGGCGGCUGUGGCACAGCUGAAAGGUGAUGCUGAGCCCCAAGCGUGAUCCUCCCUCUAGCCUGGUAACGACUUUCCUUUUUAAUUCCACCUCAGCAUCCCGAUGAAAACCUGAGUUGUUUCAGCAGCCGUCUCUGAUGUAAAACCCCGAGCACUGCUGGUACCCAGGGACUGUUUCUGGCCCAUGAAUAACCCUUGCUGUGUACACAAUUCUGUGUUUGCCAGCUCUGCUUUUUGGUUACACCCCAAGGAACAAAGUUCUGGUGGCUUCCUGCACAGAUCUGAGCAGGGUUUGGGCUGGGCAGUGAGGGAUGGAGCCAGUGGUGCUGUGUCAGUGCAGACUGUGCUGGCAAGGCUCGCUCCUGCCCUUUCAGCACCCAGAGCAGCACAGGGUGGUGGAUGGAUGCUCAGGGGGGCUCUGGGUGUGUUUUAUAGCAUUUACUGCUGCUGGUGUCCAAGAUAAAACCACCAGAAAUGAGAAUUGGAUCAGAGCAGUGGCCAGGACAGCACACAGAGCUGGGGGAAACAUCCUCAGGGCUGGGCAGGAGCAGCAGCAGCUCCUUCCUCCCCCUCUGGGGGCCAGAGGCUGCUCCUGCCUGCCCCGAGGCCUGGGGGCUGGGAGGUGCUGGCUGCUGGCACUUCCCAGCCCCUGUCAGAGCACAGAACACAGGCGUGACCCUUCCAGCCCCUGGUUCUCGGGAGCUUCACUAGAACAGCUUUUCCUGCCCUGGGAAGAGCGGUGAGCCCAGGAGCUGUCACUGCACUGGGGAGAGUUCGGUGUGGGAGCAGAGAUGGGGAAGAGCUGAGCUGUGCUUGGCAGUGUCUGUGCCAUGGAGGAUUUGUGCUGCUCCACUGGCAGGACCAGAACCAGAAAUCAUCGAUGGUUUGGGUUGGGAGGAACCUGGAAACUUCUCCAUUUCCAAUCCCCCUGCUCUGGGCAGGGAUGCCACAUCAGAUUGCUCCAAGCCCUGUCCAAACUGGCCUUGAAAAGUGACAAAAUUUCCAGUACAGUGGUUUUACACUGCACUUAGUUUAGCCCCAGACUGCAGAUUCAGAAUUUACACAAGUUGCAGGCUGAGCUCUGCUGUCCUCACCCGUGUUUCUACACAGAUGUAUGUGGGAAAAGAAUUCGGGUUGAAUCAAUGUUUUGGUUCACCUUUAUUGGAUUUACUGUUUCAUUCCAAAGAAAACCCCCCAGGAAAACAACAUGAGCUUGUCUGUUCCAUUUUCAUUUUCCUCUGGGAUCAGUGGGCCAGGUCAUACCAAUGAAACGAUUUACAACCCCUUUUUUGUGGCCUUUAAUUAGGACUGCAGUUGCUGUCAUUAGCUGAUUAGCGUGCUGGUUUGUGGUCUUGUCAGUUUUCCCAGUGUUUGAAUUCCACGGGGAAGUGCUCAGGAUUAGACACAAUCAGUGCUGGGGUUCAGAUCGUGCACAUUUCCACUUGGAAAUAGCCUUUCUAUGAGUUCUCUGCAAACACGAGCAGUCUGUGCUGUGCUGACUUAUCAGAGCUGAUUAGGCUUGUGCUUCUGCUGCUCCGAGGCAGCCGGGCAAAGCUCUCUCUGGUCAAUAGUUUAUCAGCUCCAGGUCUGAAAGAAAAAUCUGACUUCUGACUUGAGAGCCUGCAUGAAAACAUUCACAUUAAUUGAUUUUCCAGCUUGUGAAAAACUGUUUUCAUUGGAGGCUCCAAACCUCUAAGAAUUCCUUGCAUUUCAGCAUCUCAACCCCUGCUGCCUGCACGGAUUUAGAGAGGCUGUUUAGUUCACAGAAUUGUGUUUUGCUGCUUCACUGAAAUGCUUCCAAUGCUCCAGUUCUGCUCACCGGGUCAGCCCAGGCUCUGCGGGGGCUGCUCGGGGACCCCAGGCCAGCAGCCCUCCCCUGGUGAGCACUUGUACAGACCUCGGUAGGAGUUUUGUAAAACACGACUUGAAUAAAGACAGAUUUAUUAAAAGCUUCGUUUCCCAGUAUCUGCUUGUUAAUUAGGUGAAGAGCUGUGUCAGACCUGGCUGAAACUGUAGCCUGUGAGUGUGAUCUAUUGAAUUUAGGGGAGGAGCUGGUGAGCAGCAGGGUAAGACAGAGAUAAGGAGAGAUGACGAUGCUGUUGCAGAGCAGGGAAGGAGCCUCUUGUGUUUAACUUCCGUGUGAUGACAGCAAAAACCUGAGUGUAAUAAAAAAAAAAAAGGCAAAAAAAAAA